AUGGCCAGCUCAACGGUUCAUCGGGAUCUCUCACCAGCCGAACAACAUGCGUCCUUGACCAAUGCGGGUGCAACGAUUGAGCAACUCAUCAAACGCGACAGUCAAUACCCUGACCUUGCAGAUUUAUUACGAGGUCCAACAUCAGAGAACUAUGUCAAACGCGUGAGUCCAAUCGAACAGGACUUUAUAAAGAGCCACAGCAUCCAGAUCCCUGACAACCUUGCUGAACAAAUCGAUCAACUCGAGUGCCGAUGUUUCAUGGGCGUGCUACCCGAAAUCAAGCGUGCGUGGAUAACUGUUGAUCACCGCCUCUUCUUGUGGAACUAUGUGGAUGGAUCCGAUUUCUAUACCUACGAGGAUCAAGAUCAAAUCAUUUGUGGUGUUGGCCUUAUCAAGCCCAAGCCUGAUAGCUUUGGUGAAAACUACAACUAUGUCCUCGUGUUGGCAACACCUGUGAGCAUUAGUAUCUUGGCAGUCUCCAUUGACGACCAUAGUGUCGCUGGUGACAGGAUUUCCCUCUUUUUCACCGAUUUGGCAAUUCCCUCGGAUGGUGUGCAAAUGUCCCAGAUCACUGGAACUGAUGAUGGCAGGAUAUUCAUGGUGGGAGAUGAUGGACGUGUAUAUGAGCUAGAAUAUCAUCAAAAGCGCGGAUGGUUUCAACGGCACGGCUGUAGCCUGAUUACUCGUACCCAGACUCCCUUUAACAGUUACCUACCUACAUUUCUGAGGAAGCAAGCACCAGUCCAAGUUGCCCAAAUUGCCAUUGACAGUGAACGGAAGGUUUUAUACAUGCUGAGCAACAUGUCCACCAUCGACGUUGUGUAUUUGGGCAAUCCCACCAAUCCAUUCCAGAUUGUUGCCAGCAACAAUGACAUUUGUAAUCAAGCUCGCCUAGCGUGUCGACAAAGCACAGUCAUCUUUGACCCAUCAGAGUUCCAAAUCAGAGCGAUUCACGUCAUAUCCAAAGCCGAGUCCAAAAAAGUGCAUCUUUUAGCCGUUUCCACCAGCGGCUUCCGCAUGUAUUUCACGCAUCACCGCGACGCAUUACGCUAUAUGACAAACAACCAAGAUGAUCAGCCACCCAAUGCAUUGGAAUUGAUCCACAUUCGAUUACCACCGCCUGUUGAAUUUUCCGGUGCAACCCCCAUGAUGCAGGGACAAGAAAAUCCAAACGGCAUUGUUCAUGAAUCCUAUUACGAUUGUGGAACGAUGAUUACAGCAAAGAUUAUGAAUGAGGACAAAGACAAAAUCAUCAUGACGGCAGCCGAUAUGAGAAGUUUCGCCAGCCAGCUUGAUGCCAACAAUACGACAACGACGACUAAUACCACUACUUCUACUACGUUCCCUACAUCCACACCAGCAUCCUCUGUUUAUUCUUCACCAGCACAACGAAUGACGCUUGUGGAAACGAGUACAUCUAUUGAGUGUGAUGGACGCGUAUACGCUAUUGCCGAAGCCAACGUGCAUCCAAAGGGAAAACAAUGCAUCAAUGAAAUCAGCAAACGACUCACCGAACCACCACGACAAUUCCUUGUUCUCAGUGGAAAAGGAUUGACUUUCUUUGUUAAACAACGACCUGUCGACAUUUUACAACAAUUGCUCUUGAACGCUCGGGAUGACAUUGAAGGACAUGCUCGUGAAUUCCUUGACUUUUUUGCCGGUUAUGGCCGAGUCCAAUCAUGUGCCAUGUGUCUCGCCAUUGUUUGUGCCAACUUUGGUGCCACAACCCAUGAACAAGUCAGCGUGAUCCGUGGUGCGACUCAAUUAUUUUUCGAAUGUGGAGGAAGCCCAGCAGCAGCACCAUCGAUCACUACAGGUAGCAACUUCCUUGGCAAGGCAACGGGACCAGCAAAUACCAUUUACAGUGGCAAACAUGAUGGCUUUGCACUUUACUUUGCACGUUUGGUGGCGCCUGUUUGGAGCCUCAAAGUAUUUGAAAUCACUAGCCAGCCAAAGGCAACUCAAAACACCAGUAAAUUACAAGCUAAGCUCUUGGAAUCGCAACGUGACCUUGUUCGCUUAAAGAGCUUCAUGGAUGCCAACCAAGAAUUCCAUGCAUCUGCCAACAUUACAGAUUCUCGAUUCCAGUCUGCUGAUCAAGGAAUGCUUCAAGUACUGGUGAACGAGCAACAAUCACUGCAUAGCCUAUAUAUCCUCCUUACACAAUGCAUCGAAGCAAUCUCAUUCCUCGACUUUUUAAUCGAUGCAGGCAUCCAAGAGAUAUUCCAAGGUAUCCCCGAAAGUGCUCGAAGCGAGAUACAUAACCUGUCACUCGAUACCAUGCUCAAGGAUCCACGUGGACGUGUCAUGACGAGGGAGUUGGUGAUUGCUGCCAUUAACAAGUAUGGUGCUUCACACACCCAUGUUGGCUUUGAUAUUGUCAGUGAUCUGCUACGACGUAAAUGUAGCUCAUUCUUUGGUCCAAGUGAUGUUGCUUUCUACAAGGGUGUGGAAAAUCUACGACGAGCACAACGAGCUGAUGUUGAGCAAGAACGAUAUCAUGCAUUGACUGAAUCACUGGAUCUCUUUAAGCAAGGAGCUGAUUAUUUGACGGAUGAAAAGUUAUCAGAGAUUUGUGCCGCAUAUGACCGAGAACACUAUUACCUUGGCUCUGUUGAAUUACCACUUGAGCGUGCCCAGAAGCUUGAUCCACAGCAACAAGCACUGGCAUAUACCGAAGGUCGAGCUCCAUUUGGUGAUGCCGCUGGUCAGCAAUUCCAUCAAGAGCGAAAGCGAUGUUAUGAACACGUGUUUCGGGCAUUACAAUCCGUACGAGCCUCAUGCAAUACCCCUGAUGCCAACCGCCACGCUGAGGCUGUUCAUUAUGCCAAUCGGGUUCUCCAGGCGGCCCUUUCAUAUCAAGACAAGCAUUUUCAUUACGAGCUAUAUGAGUGGUUCCUUCAAGAAGGUCACAAGCGGGAUCUUUUAGUUGUCGAUAGCAAAUUCUUGAUUCCAUUCUUCAAGGAGCGUGUUUCAGAGGUGGAAGGCAUGGACUUUUUAUGGCAAUAUUAUCGGCGGAAAGAACAAUAUUAUGAAGCAGCGCUUUAUCUGGAGGCAUUGGCAUCACGGCCGAAUGGGUUACCGUUAUUAAAACGGGUAGAAUAUCUCGCACUCGCCAUGGUCAAUGCAAGGUGUCGUGAUCCAAAACAACAAAAGGCUCAAGAAAGUACACAGCUGCUUCAGCAACUUGAAAGGAGUAUCGGAUACGCACGGAUACAGAUGCGAUUACAACAUGCACUCAAUGCCAUGGCAACCCCCGAAAGUCAGCAGGCUGCAAGAGAACUUGACACUGAAUUGAUGGAUUUGAGUGAUCUUUACAACAAGUAUGCUCAGCCUUUUGGUAUAAUAGAUGAAGAGCGUGCUAUCCUGCAACUAGCAGAUUACAAUGAUUCAGAGGAAUCUUCUUCAUAUGUAACUUCUGAUAUCUUUAAAUAA